AUGCUUGCGCCUAAGGUCGCCCAUGUCUUCCCCCGCCGAGGUCAAGGCCCCGCUCAGCGCAACAGGAAGCCCCUCACCUUCGACAUCAACAAGAUCUCAGGCCUCUUCCACAUGCGCCAGACCGACGCUGCGGACUUCCUUGGCAUCUCUCUCACCACCCUCAAGACGGUGUGCAAGCAGCUCGGGGUGACCCGAUGGCCUCACGCCAGGUCCAAGCAGGACGCGAACCAGCCCUACACGGUCGGGUACGUGUGGAACAGCGGGAGCGACAUGGAGCUGUACAAGGAGCUGUGCCCGCGGGCGUUCGGGAGCGGGACGCCGCCGACGCUGACCGACAGCCCUCUCAGGACCGACCAGCAUCAGGCGGCACAGGGUGUGCGAGGCGAUAGAGGGGGGGUGGAGAGCGGAGGAGCGAACGAGGAGGACGAGGCGGUAGACGAAGUGGUGAUCGACGGCGUGGUCAUCCGGGUCAGGGUCAACGAGGAGGAGUUAGCCUGGGAAGACGACGAGGAAGAGCUACUCGCCAUGCACACGGAGCAGCCGGCAGAGCAGGGCGGGGAACCGAGUGCGGGAUCAGCGGGGGGAGCUUGGUCGAGGAGGUUGCCAGCUAUCAGUACGAGUCGCCGCCACGAGGCGAGCAACGAGCCCGUCAAAAGGAGGGAGGCACAGGCUCAGAGUGCGACGGGAGAAGGAAAGAGGGGAGGAGCCUGGAGGCAGCACGAGGAGAUGUACAAGGAGGUGAUCGAGCACUUGGAGGGGAGGAGCCUGAAGGACACGUACUGGAGAGGGGCUCCUCCACGGCUUGUGGGCUUCAACUCAGAUGCGAUACUGCCGGUAUCACCAACGUUGCAGCUGUCAGACUUCGUCCACAUAAGAGGCCGGGUUACGACGGUCCGAUCAGAGGCUACUGAGAGCGUUGCUUGGCCGAGCGGCAACGUUGAACCGGUGCAUGGCGGUGCGCGGCGUGCUAUGAUAGCCUUCGGCUUCAUUUGGAGUGACGGACCAUUCAACUUCGGAAUCAGGGCCACUUGCCCCCGGGCCCGGGCCGGGCCGGCUUUUGUCGGUUCAACGAUUCUUGGUCUCCUAGAGUACCGACGGAUAUAUCGCUGA